GAUAUAUAUAGAAUAUAGAAGAUCACAUUUUACAUGUAAUGCAAGGUCUGGUGACUGGAAGCUACACCACCGAGCUCUGGACUAUGGCGCAGUCAAAGAUCAUUGCAGCCCUUCGAACACACUCUUCGUACUGCACAGACCCCGAUCUGGUUUUGGAGCUAAAGAACCUAAUUGUGGUAUUCGCUGAUACUCUGCAGGGAUAUGGAUUUCCCGUCAGUCGCCUAUUUGAUCUUUUGUAUGAAGUUAGAAACAAAUAUAAUGAAACUCUGCUUAAGAAAUGGGCUGGACUGUUCAGGGACAUUUUUGAAGGUGAUAACUACAGCCCAAUCCCGGUAGCAAACGAAGAGGAGUACAGAGCUGUAAUUAGCAAAUUUCCUUUCCAAGAUCCAGAUGGUGACAAGGGAAAAGUUGCACAAACUGCUUGUAUGUCAGCCUGCAAACACCUUUCCACAUCGCUGACACAAAUGCUGCUGGACAGCGAGCUGAAACAGAUUAGCAUGGGCGCCAUCCAGCAAUUCAACCUCGAUGUCAUCCAGUGUGAAGUGUUUGCAAGUUCUGACCCUGUCCCGGGAUUCCAGGAGGACACCCUGCAGUUAGCGUUCAUUGACCUCAGACAAGUUGCUGGUUGCUGGUCCUGUUUUGUCAUUAAAGACCUACUUUUGGCCCCAAACUUUUAUCCAUUUGUUUAA